AUGGCUAUCAUUCUUCGCUUUGUUGAUUGUCAUGGGUUUAUUAGAGAACGAUUUUUCAAGGUUAUUUGUGUUGGAGACACUUGUUCUCAAACUUUGAAAAAUGAGAUAUCCAAGGUGCUUGCUCAAUAUGAUCUUCAAGUAGAAAAUAUGAGGGGUCAAGGAUAUGAUGGUGCUAGUAACAUGCGAGCGUUAAGAGCUAUUAGAGAAGAGGAAAUUGCAGAUUUAGUGGCUGAAUGUAAACUUGAAACUGGUAUAGGGGCUAAUCAGACUACUACUUUGCAACGGACAGGGGCUACUCGUUGGGGUUCACAUUUUCGCUCUAUUUCAAGUUUGAUAAAAUUGUUUGGAGCCACCCAGAAAACUCUUGCAGAUUUGAUUACUGAUUUUCUUUGUGAGUCAUUGCAAAAAAAGGCCAUGGACAUCUUAAAUGCUCUAAGAGUUCUUUCUAUUGCAAAACAAAAGCUUCAAGCCAUGAGAGAUAAUGGUUGGGAUGAUUUAAUUUUGAGAAUAACAUCAUUUUGUUGUGAGCAUAAUAUCAUUGUUCCAGAUUUGUCUACUCCUUACAAGAAAGAGUUGGAGAGUAGAUUCCCAGAUCAGUCGUUGGAGCUCCUUAAUCUUAGUUCUACAUUUGAUCCGCAUGAUAAUUUUCAGGCAUUCAAGCCUGAAGAUGUUUGCUCUCUUGCUUUGAGAUUUUACCCUAUGGAUUUUUCUACAGUAUCUACAGCAACUACCGAGAGAGCAUUUUCAUCUAUGAAUAUUUUAAAAACUAGACUUCGAAAUAGGAUGGAAGAUGACUUUCUUGAUGAUUUGAUGGUUCUCUAUAUUGAGAAAGAGUUUGUUGAUAGUGUUCACAAUGAUGAUGUAAUUGAGGAGUUUACAAAGUUAGGACCUCGGAGGGUAUCAUUCGGUUAG